ACCAUGAAGUCAUUAUUAAAAAACAUAUAUAGGAUCUUUUAGAAAAGUAAGGAUGAGAGCAUGAGAAAAAUAUCUACUUACAAUUGACACGAGUGAUUGGGAAAAACUAAGGAAUAGAUUGAAUACAGACCAAUCGCUUCCGGAAAGAACCCUAUACUUUGUAUUACUUUUUCUUUAUUUUCUAUUUCUAUUUAUUAUUUUAAUUAUUUAGACCCAACGUCUCUUUGUAAAACUGCUGAGAUGUGAAGCUCAUUUCUCAAAAGAAAAACCCAUACUCUUCUCUUCUCUUUUCUUCAUUUGCUCUGUUUCGCUCUGUUUUCCAUUGGCCGUAUGGUUGAUCCUGAUCGAUUGCAGCUACAGAAAGAAAAUGGGGUCUAUCUUUUCCGCCAAGAAAGUUGAAGAAGUCAUUGAAGGCGCUGAAGGAUCGAGAUGGAGAAGGCCACCAGCCGUGGCCAUAAACAAUGAUCUGAACGACAUAGUCUUCUCGUGGUCCAUGGAAGACAUCCUCAACGAAGACCUCUAUAAGAACCAGGUGGAUGAGAUACCAGAGAGAUUUCCUUCGGUGGAGAACUAUCUCGGGUCAUUCGUGUACCCCUUGCUGGAAGAAACGUGAGCUGAAAUAUGCUCCGGCAUGGAGGCGAUCUCUACCCUACCUUAUGCCAGAGUUACGGGAUUCGAGGAGUGCAAGCCCUAUGGGAAGAACUUUUAUGAAGUUAAUGUCGAUUUCUGGAUAAACAGAUCGAGCAAGCGGGGGAAGGAACCAUACAAGAUGUUGCCAAGAGACGUAUUAAUUUUAACUGAUUCAGUACCGGAAAUAGUUUCCGAUCUGCAGAGGAUGGGAAGGAUAUGUGCAUUUGCAUCUGUCACUAAAAUCUCCGAUGACGAGAGUGAAGGAGAUGUAUAUUUUAAAGUAGUAACGGGAAAGACAAUGGGAGAUAUAAACUGGAAACAGAGGGAGUUAUUUGCCAUUUCAUUGGGCGUGAACUUGACUACUAACAUAAGGAUAUGGACGGCUUUGCACUGGAGUCGUAACUGGAAUGUCCUAAAGGAAGUUUUAUGCACUGAUUCUUCGGGUGAGGAGGAAUGCAGUCUCUGCACUGUCCAGAGUGACGAAUUCUGCAAAGAGAAUCUCACAGGGAAGUUAUUGAACGAUCUGAACGAGAGCCAAGCAGAAGCAAUCCUUACAUGUCUUCAUAAGAUCCGCUGUCAGCAUAAGCCAGUGCUGGAACUCAUUUGGGGCCCACCAGGGACUGGGAAAACGAAAGCGACUGCUAUUAUGCUCUUGAACCUCCUAAGAAUGAAAUGCAGGACUGUUAUCUGUGCCCCCACCAAUGUUGCUGUAAUUGAAAUUGCCUCUCGGGUGGUACACCUCAUGAGAGGGUCAGCUUCCUUAGGAGAUGUUCUUCUUUUCGGAAACAAGGAGCGGCUCAAGGUAGAAGACUUGGAAGUUGAAGACAUAUGCUUGCAUAAUCGUGUUGAGAGAAUCACAGAAUGCACUGCCUCGACAACAGUGUGGAAGUAUUGCAUAUCUUCUGCAAUAACCUUUCUCAGUGAUCCUCUUCCUCAGUACAAUAUCUAUCGGAGAGAUGAACUGGGUAAGCGAAAAUCGUUACUCGAGUUUCUGAGGGAGAGAUUCUUGUAUAUUGUGAAGCCCCUCGAUGGAUGCCUCUCUACCUUGUGGACUCAGCUAUGUGUAAGUUAUGUUCCGAAGCAUAUCGCUUAUGAGAUCAAAAAGCUUCUCGGCCAUCUCGAAUCAUUCAGUGAUUUAUUAUCUGGAAAGAAUUUGCUUUUCUUCUCCGAAAGAUUGGGGGAGGCAUUUUCAUGCCGAUCGAAGGACAAGUGUUUGUCCGAACCUCUACCACGCCCCUUGUCUGAGCUAUACAAGAAGAGAUUUAAGUGCCUCACUGCAUUAAAAUCAGUUCGGCAUUCUCUUAGCGGGCUGGGGAUCCCUUCCUUUAAAGUAGAGGACUUGGAAGUUGCAGACAUAUGCUUGCAUAAUCUUGUUGAGAGAAUCACAGAAUGCACUGCCCCGACAACAGGGUGGAAGUAUUGCAUAUCUUCUGCAAUAACGUUUCUCAGUGAUGCUCUUCCUCAGUACAAUAGCCACCUGAUAGAUGAACUGGGUAAGAGAAAAUCGUUACUCGAGUGUUUGAGGGAGAGAUUCUUAUAUAUUGUGAAGCCCCUCGAGAGAUGCCUCUCUACCUUGUGUACUCAGUUCUGUGUAAGUUAUGAUCCGAAGCAUAUCAUUGAUGAGAUCACAGAGCUUCUUGGCCAUCUCGAAUCAUUCAGUGAUCUAUUAUCCAGAACGAAUUUCUCUCAAAGAUUGGAGUUGGCAUUUUCAUGCCAAUUGAAGGACAAGUGUUUGUCCGAAGCUCUAACAGGCCCCUUGUCUGCGCUAUACUUGAAGAGAUCCGAGUGCCUUGCUGCCUUAAAAUCAGUUCGGGAUUCUCUUAACAGGCUGGAGAUCCCUUCCUUUAAGAGUGUGGACGAAAUAAAGGAGUUCUGCUUUCAAUCGGCUUCAUUGAUCUUUUGUACGGUCUCCCAAACUUUCAAGCUACACUCUCUGGAUAAGAAGCUGCCACAGUUGUUGGUGAUUGAUGAAGCUGCUCAGAUGAAAGAAUGCGAGUCAGUGAUUCCACUCCAACUUCUCGGACUUCGACAUGCUAUACUCAUUGGGGAUGAGCGUCAAUUACCUGCUUUUGUAAAGAGUGAUGUUUCAAAAGAGACCUGUUUCGGUCGAAGUUUAUUUGAGAGAUUAAGUUCCCUGGGAAAGCUGAAGCAUCCACUCAAUGUGCAGUACAGAAUGCACCCAUCAAUAAGCUGCUUUCCAAAUCAGACAUUCUAUGAUGGCCAAAUUCGCGAUGGCCCAAAUGUAAAGCAUGAAAGUUACUCAAAGCAAUAUCUACCAGGGCUGAUGUUCGGAUCAUUUUCAUUCAUAAAUGUUUCUGACGGAAGGGAAGAGCUCGGAGUUGAUGGAUCAAGCAAGAGAAACCCUGUAGAGGCCGAUGUCGCUGCUCAGAUUUUGAGCAAUCUUUACAAAGCAUGGAGCUUGUCAUCGAAGGAGAAUCUCAGUGUCAGGAUAAUAUCACCUUAUGCUGCUCAGGUUGGAGAGAUUAGUGAAAGGCUUGGCAAGAAAUAUGAAUAUUCUGAUGGCUUCACGGUCGCUGUAAACACAGUGGAUGGGUUCCAAGGCAGAGAGCAGGACAUAGUUAUCUUAUCGACUGUAAGAUCAAACCACCGGGGAUAUAUCGGGUUCUUGGCUAACCCAAAUCGAACGAAUGUUGCUCUAACCCGUGCAAGAUACUGUCUUUGGAUUCUGGGGAACCAAAGAACUCUGCGGGGGGUUCAACAGUGUGGGAAGAAUUGCUUUGCGAUGCUAUCGAUCGUCGGUGUUUCUUCAAUGCAGACGAUGAUGAAGGAUUAGCAAAAACGAUCUUGGAAGCUAAGAAAAAGUACAAUCUGCUCGAUGAUUUGCUCACCUCAAACAAUCGACUCUUCAGAGAUGCUAAGUGGAAGGUCAUCUUUUGCGAGAACUUCCGUCGGUCUUUUCGGAAGUUGACAUCACGCCGCACAAGGUCAUCAGUGAUGAACCUUCUCAGGAAGCUCUCCAGUGGGUGGAGACCCAAGUGGAGAGAUGUCGACUUAAUUUGCAAGCGCUCCUCUCAGAUCGUAAAACAAUUUAAGGCUGAGAACCUCUAUAUCUUAUGUACAGUGGACGUCGAGAAGGAAAGCGAAUACACCCAAAUCUUGAAGAUUUGGGAUGUAUUGCCCUUGGAAGAUACUGCAAAAACAAUGGAAUGUCUCGAUGCUAUAUACAUGAGAUUCAGUGAUGAAUAUGUAAGUCGUUGCAAGGAGAAGCUUUUCGAAGGAGAUCUCCAGGUUCCAAUUUCUUGGGAAACUCCAUUUGAUUUUCUCCGUCGGGGAGAUUCUUUGGGCAAAAAUAGCGAAGGCGCUCCAGAUUCUCAACUGUACACAGAACGUUCAGAGGUGAAGGACAGCUUGCGGUUGAUGAAAUUCUAUUCACUAUCAUCUGGCACAAUCAAUCACUUGCUAUCUGACAGAGAUGGGAAUGAAGUGGAGCUCCCAUUCGAAGUGACUAAGGAACAGCGCGAGAUAAUUCAGUUUCCACAAAGCACCUUCAUACUGGGAAGGUCGGGAACUGGGAAGACAACUGUUCUGACAAUGAAGUUGCUUCAGAGGGAGCAACUUCACCGAAUUGCUACGAGUGAUUACAGAAUCACUGGAGGAACACUCCGCAGCCGCCAGCCUCCUCUCCCAGCAUUCAUCUAAGCUAAAUGCUCGACUUUCCUUAUGAUCAUGAAGAAAAAAGGAACAUGGUUUUUCUAAAAAGACGUCUUGUGCAUAGUUUAGGAUAAGGCAAUAUGGAUGAAGAAAGGAAAGGCUUACGUCACCAAGGCUCAAAGGGGUUCACUAAGGGGAUAAACAUGAUGGGCAGGUUGUUUGGCUCAAUCGAUAAUCCUAUGCCUUCAUCAUUUCCAUGCUUGCAAUUAAACAAAUUUCAACAAGAUUCCAAGCAA